AUGGGACCCCGCGAUCAAGCUACUAUUAGAAGUGACUCAGGCUAUGGGGACGAUGCGUCCGAGGGGCCGCGGGACGGGCCAGAUGCUCAUCCGCUGACCCUUAAGGGAUACGAUAUUGGGCCCGCGUCCAAAUUGCAAAUCGGCGACGUGUUCGAAUUCCUUUGGGCCGACUCUCCAGAGUUCGAGUGGGAAUGGAAAUGUCUCGGAUAUACUCGCUUCAUUGUUUUGCGCCAUAGCGAUACCUUUCCUCACCAUUGCGCUUGCAUACCUAUUUCCGUGGGAGGCAAACAUGAGUUUGCCAAGCCAGGAAUUGACCAUUUUCAGCAAGGAUACGUCUUCGCCAACGGUGAUCCGACCCCAGGCCUCGACCAGGGCGGUGUAGGACAACGCCUGCCGUAUUCCCCCAUAGGAAUCGAACUGCGCCCCGGAAAGCUCCGCGUGAAAGAGGACUCCCGUGCCAACUAUGCCGAUAUCGUCGAUGUCGACCACGAUGCUCAAGUCAUGGUAAUUGGUGAUGUGGUGCGUUAUUUCGACCGCGUGAGGAGGAACGUCAAUAAGGCCUUCAUGCGUCAAAUUUUAAGGAGGGCGCUAGAAGAGUACAAGCGUCACAGGGCGAACCAAGCAGAGAACAAGAGAAUGUCCAACAUUCCCCAGUCCGUAAUCGACGGCGACGAAGCACAGUUCAGCGCCUCCGAAAGUAUCCCGCCAUCCGAAUCAGCAAGCACAAUUGGAGAGACGAGAUACGAACGGGAAGGGAGGAGACACAGGAGAUUUUCAAAUUCAAGUUUAAGCUCUCGAAGACCGAGGCCCGGCUCACAGGCCAGCGUAAGACCUCGAGAUAAUCCCCAAGACAGUCGGCACGACCUUGAUUACGACGUCAAGUCCAUGCAUAAUGUUGCGAUGGCCGGAUUGAGAUAA